CAGGACGCGACCAACUUCCACACGGAGCACAGGAAAGUCAGGAAAACUCGCCAGCUCCAGCGUGACGUGCGUCCCUCCAGGCUUUUACCGGAGCGCCGCUGAAGUUGGACCCGCCGCCGCUUGGCUGCUGCUGUGGAGGCGGCGUGAGGAGCGUUGCUACGCGGGAACGCUCCGCUGCUAUGGAGAGCACCUUCUGACCGGACCUGGAUUUACCGAGCUGCUGCUGGCUUCUCUCGGUGCGUGGAUGUAAUAAAACUCGCGGGAAAUGCCUGGGAAAACCAAGUACAACCUCGUCGAUGACGGGCACGAUCUGAGGAUCCCGUUGCACAACGAGGAAGCUUUCCAGCAUGGGAUCAACUUCGAGGCGAAGUACAUCGGCAGUCUGGACGUGGCGCGGCCGAGCAGCCGGGUGGAGAUCGUGGCUGCCAUGAGACGGAUCCGGUACGAGUUCAAGGUGAAAAAUAUCAAGAAGAAGAAAGUGAACAUCGUGGUGUCUGUGGAAGGCGUCAAGGUCACUUUGAGAAAAAAGAAAAAAAAGAAAGAGUGGAUGUGGGAUGAAAGUAAGAUGAUGGUGAUGCAAGACCCCAUUUACAGGAUAUUCUACGUUUCUCACGACUCGCAGGAUCUAAAGAUCUUCAGCUACAUCGCCAGAGAUGGACAGAGUAACGUCUUCCGAUGUAACGUCUUCAAGUCUAAGAAGAAGAGUCAGGCCAUGAGAAUCGUUCGGACGGUCGGUCAGGCAUUCGAGGUUUGUCAUAAACUGAGUCUCCAGCACGCACAGCAGAACACAGAAGGACAGCAGGACAGCAAGGGCGAGAAGAAUGGCAGUGACUCAUCUGCUGCAGGCGUGCGUGCUUAUCCACCUGUGUGUGUGUGCACUUUGCUGGGCCCAGCCCGGGAGCUAACAGAUGCAGAAAAGACCGUGAGCGUCGCCGAGGAGACGGACAUCGAUGCCGAGGAGCUAAUUCAGGUGCCGACGGCCGAGGACUCGAAUCUCAACAGAGGAGUGACGGAUCUGGACGCCACCGCCAAAACACCCGGCUUAGAUCCGUCAGAGAACAAGGCUUCAGAAGAGGCUUCUGUCCUGUUGUCCAGCCCCAGGAUGCUGCUCCCAACAUCUGGCCCACUUCCACCUGGAGCGCCGUUGUCCGUCCACCACCAGAUCCAGCUGCUGCAGCAGCAGCUCCAGCAGCAGCAGCAGCAGACUCAGGUGGCCGUAGCACAGGUCCACCUGUUGAAGGACCAGCUGAGCGCCGAGGCCACGGCUCGGCUGGAGGCCCAGGCUCGGGUCCAUCAGCUGCUGCUGCAGAACAAAGACCUGCUGCAGCACAUCUCGCUGCUGGUUAAACAGAUCCAGGAGCUGGAAACCAAGAUGGCCGGACCAAAUUCCAUGGGCUCCCAGGACAGUUUGUUGGAGAUCACUUUCCGGUCCACGGUGCCCCCGGUGAUCUGCGACCCGACCACGCCCAAACCCAUGAUGUCAGACAUCGAACUGCCUCCGUUUGGCAACGGGACCAGCAACGCCUUUUCUUCCUCCAACGGGACUCUGGGAAGCCCACUAGUUGAUCAGAGCUUGUUUGAGAACUCCGUUGCUCAGCAGCAAAGUCCUCAAACCUUCAGAGCAAGUCAGUCCUCUGCCCGACGCUCUGCAGCAUCGACCGCGUCAGGCAUCGUCGAAUCUCCGUCCUCCGGAGGACAGCAGAGGCUAAAGAAUGCUAUUAACCUGGGCAAGGCAGUUGGGGCAAAGGUCAAUGACCUGCUGAGAAGGAAGGAGUCCAGCCACCUCGGGGACAUCGGGGUCACAGAGGUCAACAAGAACGUUGGUGCUGUUUGGAGCUGCAUGGACCAACUCAGCCAGACGUCGUCUAGCAGUCACAUCACCUCCUUCGACUCCUUCCCUCGGCUCGAACCGCCGCCACCGACCGGGAAGAAGCGCCUCCCUCGAGCUCUGAAGACGACCGAGGACAUGAUGAUCUCCUCCGAUCCCGUGGUCUCCUCCCCAGACGCGACAGACUCCCCCUCCUUCCUGUCCUCGUCUGAGAAGACGCCGCCAGAGGAGACGAAGAGCGAUGAGGAUCGGCCGCUUGGAGACAAAGAAGAAGAGAUAUCGUCGGAGGUCCAACCAUUGUUUGAUCACGCUGAUGACAAAGUUUCAGAGGUAGAAAAGUUAGGAGGAGUGACGGGAGAAGAGGAGGAUGAGUUGGAAAAGGGGAGUAACGAAGGAGGAGUGGAGGAGCAUCAGCUCCAGCUUUCUGUUCCAGACCUCAUUAACAAGGAUCCUCCGCUGGAGUCCAUCUGGCAGAAGAUGUCCUCGUCGGACUCCCGGCUGGCCUCCACCCCCCGCUCAGGGAAAACCGCCUGUCGCAUCAGCCUGGGAGAGGAGGUGCUGCUGGGGAACGGCGCCCCCUGCAGCAAGGAGUCCGAAGACCUAGAGCCUCACCCGGACCUGCUGUCGUUUGAGUAGCUGGAACGCCUUUGAACACUGACCCGCUUCAGGGAACCGGUUCUUUUAGGGACCCGGGCUUCAGCUGGGCUGACCUGAAGCCGCUGGAUUUAAACCGUAGAUAACAACAAACAGGAGGCUUUAUUUAGGUUAAACAUUUAACACAAAAAUCUAAAUAUAUGUUAAAAAAAGCCGUAUUUUUUGUAUAUUUUUCUUUAGCUUUUAAAAGUUUUUAUGCUUCAGUAAAGCAAAGACAUCCAGCAUGAUGAAUGACGAAUGUAAAACCACAAUCAGAUCCUUCAAAUGGGUCAAAAACGUGUUCAACCAUAAAUCGCUUCGAGGCGUUUUUAAAGGGGUUUUAUUAUUAAAUGUCGGUUAAAACAACUUCAGCGCUGCUGCGGUGACUCGAUGGUUUUGGGAAGUUUCUCCUGUCUGGAAAACUUAAAGGAAAGGGGGAAGAAAGUGAGAUUUGGACUUAAACUAGUAUGUCGGAUCACGGAAAGUUCAGGAAGGUUACAGUCAGUUUAGAUGAGCUCUUAUUUUGAAAGUGGCUUUUUUAAUGCAAAAGUUAGAUUUUUGUUCCAGUUUUUAGAAAAAAAAACAUUUUCUAAUUACUUUUAAAAAAUUGCUCCAUUUUAAAUGAAAUUUUUGCCUAUUUUUGUUUCUAGAAUUACUUUUUCGAACAGGAAUUCAUCUCUAAACAUCUUUUGUACGUUCUUGCUGUGUUUGUCUUCAAAUUCCAUUUUUGGUUCUUUUGUAAACACAGAUAAGGUUUUUUCUUUAGUUACUGAUUACUUUGUCAAAAAAGUAACUCAGUUACUAACUGAGUUACAAGAUCUUAGGUGUGUUCUUGCUGUGUCUUGUUUCUAAUUCCAUGCUAUCGUUCUUUUUUAAAACACAGAAACGGUUUCGUUACCUGUUUUUUCGCUACGUUUCGCCUGCGGCUGCAGACUUCCUCAGGCUGACGCUGAUGGUGGCGCGGCUGACACCAUCUGGACCUGCAGCCUUGUUCCUGUUCAGUCUCUCCAGCUGCCUCUUCACCUGACUUCUAGAGACAGAUAGGUGGGAGGGGGAGGUAAAUGGGGCAGCAGCAUUUCCUGACUUGGUUGAAGACAGAUUUCUAGAACCAGAAAAGUCCAUGACUGCGUUAGAGGACAAAAGAGCUGGCGUGUGACAGGAAAAUGUUGGAUCAGAGGAGGAUGGGAUGUCUGAUUGGCUGGGGACAGGCGAGGAGGAUGCUGGGUUUGUUCCUGAACUGAACCUAUUGAAGAACUUGUUCAGUUCAUUGGCUGUGUCCAGGCUGCCUUCUGUGCAAUCCUUCCUCUGCUUGAAGCCUGUGAUCUUUUUCAUCCCUGACCAGACAUCUCUGAUAUUGUUCCUCUGUAGUUUGUUCUCCAGCUUCUUCCUGUACGCCUCCUUGCCGUCUCUGUUCUUGAUCUUCAGUUGUUUCUGUAUACUCCUCAAUAAUUCCCUGACUCCCUCCUUGAAGGCUCUUUUUUUCUCAUUUAGCAGAUUCUUCAGUUCACUGGUGAUCCAGGGUUUAUUAUUAGCGAAGCAUCUCACUGUUCUGGUGGGUAUGAUGUUGUCCACACAGAAGUUUAUAUAGUCAGUGACACAUCCAGUCAUGGAAUUGAUGUCCUCUUCAUAUCUUUAGCAAGGUAAAGAAAAAACCUUAUCUGUGUUUAAAAAAGAACCAAAAAAGGAAUUCAUCUCUUUUGUAAAUGUGAACAAAACUAUCUUGUUUUACUUCUAAUCAUGUGUUUAAAGCUAAGAAUCUGCUGUUUUCUGCACUGAGCACCUGAGUCAUUUGUGCAACAGACUGUGAAAAGUAAACAGCUGACCUGACACGACUUCCUGUUCCUCUCCGAAACGCCACGCAGUCGGGACAGGCAGAUGUGAGGAUGCGGCCUCAUUAGGAAGACAGGAAGUUGAUUUUUCAGCUAAGAAAAGGAGCGAGAUCACGAGCUGUCAACAGAAAGAGAUUAGAGCGUUUUAUUCAAGCAGAUUUUUAACUGACAGACCAAAGAUGUAAAUUAGCAUCUCACCCAGACAAGUUGUUAUUUUACACGUUUUUAUUUGAAAGGUGGAAACCAAAGUCGAGACGUUUCUACUUUGUUUUGUUUCUUUAGACCAGCGGAGGUGAGUCAACAGGUCAAAGGUGAGCCUACAUGAAAGGACAAGUUAAUAAACCUAUCUGAUAGCUGCGUAUCUGAGCAGGAGGAUCUGGUUGCCACGGUAACCCCGGCUCAAUCAAGGACAGCAAAGCAGUAUCAGUAUUGUUCAGAUCUGUGCGUCCAGAUUAGGAAGGGUUAUUUUUAGGCUUUUGGAAGUAAAAGUAGGGUUUUAACAAAGAAUCUCUGUGUUCUGCUAAAAUGUCUGAAAGUUUCCAGACAGAAGCAGCUGAGAAUGAGAGGAAUGUGGAGUAGGUCUGCACGAAUAAGGGAUCUUUGUGUCCGUGGUCUGAUGAAUGGCCCGGCCCCACUGUGGGUCAUUUUAGGAGCAUUAAUCAUAAAACACAUUAAGCUGCAGAUGUUCCACCAGUUAGAUCCUCCCACUAAGAAACAGCUGGGAUUUGACACAACAUGUCAGAAGGAUGCUGUGAAACCUGACCCUGUCGGGGUCGUUCAGCUGCAUCCUCCUGACAGAUUUUUCUCUGGCUGCAAUUGUCUGACACAAACACGAGUUCUGCAACUUUCCAGCUCCUGAUGAAGAUCAAUAAAGUAAAUUUAAUCUACAAAUCAAGUCAAAGAUUAUAAACUGAUACCAGCUCACUUGUAAAAACAAGAGACACUAUGAUCAAUUUUAUUUUCUGCGUUUCUUAGAUUUAAAAACGAAGUCAAAAUGUUGAGAAAAAAGUCUAAAUUCAAAUUUUUAUCUGUUUUCUGGUUUUAAUUCUCACCACAACUGAGUUCUGAUACAUAUUUACUGAGUGAAUAAUAAAAUAACAUGAAGCCUCUCCUCCUGCAGCACUAGCUUCCUUCAACCCUUCACAAUAAAAGCUUCAGACAUUCACAUCUAGCUGAAAAUAUUCUCAAAACAUCAAAAACCAGAGUUUAUUUUGUUAUUUAUAAUAUCAAAGGGAAUUCGUGUUGUUAUUAACAGCUUUUAUUUAACUGCAGAUGCUGAAAGGCAUUAUGGGUAUUUUAGGAAAGUGCUGCUUUACUUUGAUUCCCUCUUUUAAUCUUGUUUUUUUUAAGAUGUGCUCAUUUUUGUAUUUUUAUUACAUUUGCAGCAGUUUAGUUGGAGUCGCACUCUGGGGGGAAAAGCUCCGCAUGUUUCAGCGCGGAGAAUCCAGCUAGCUAGCUUCAGACGGCAAGAUUUAGUCUCACUUCCUGAUAUCUGGACAUCUCUCCUCUGAUUGGCUAACAGCAACACGACUCUACCACUGACUCUGUUUGCUCUGCAACGUUGAUGUUUUAUCUCCACAAAUACCGCAAGCCUGGAGGAGUUCUGCUGUGAGGUGGAGCUGCUAAUGCUAAUGGUUAGCUUCUAGCUGGGACAUUCUCUGUUGUUUCCUGGACACUAAACCAACAACAGCCUUCCCAGUCGUGAGUCCAGAACGGUGAGUCCAUGAAUGUUAACGUAAUGUGUGACGUAGAUCUGUCAGGAUUUUCUAAUCCUAGACUUUCACCGUCUGUUUUCUAUCAGAAGCUGAUGCAGGAGAUAGGUGUAGGAGACUAUUUUCAUGUUUAGCCUAGAUGUUAAACUCAGAGUGGCCCAUUAGAAUCAGAAACAAUCACUUAAAGAGCAAGUCACCCCCAAAUCAACUUUUUUUUUUGCUGAUAAACUAAAUAAACGAGUGUCUAAUCGGGCUGCAGACACGUGUAGUCAAUAAUUUGGUACUUCAGUGCAUCUUAGUUAAAAUUAAAAUAUUCUGCCUAAAACUGUCAGUGUUGUGCCGUUGUCAGGUAAAAACUCUGCACUGUAUUCUAAUUUAAAUCUGCCACCGCUAUUGGCUAAGAGGUAUGCUAUGAUGUAAACUGGUACAUUAUGAUGUCACAAUGCUGUCGUGAGCCUGUGUGUGUGUGUGUAUUUGUUAGCGGCUCUGCCCUCUCGGUCUGCCUGGCAACAGCAUUUGUUGCAUUUUUCAAACAUGAAGUGGGAGUGGAGUUAGACUCUGGUAGGGGGUGACUUGCUCUUUAAAGAGUAAGAGUCUGACUCCACUCCCACUUCCUGUUUGAAAAAUGCAACAAAUGCUGUUGCCUAGCAGACCGAGAGGGCCGAGCCGCUAACAAAUACACACACACAGGCUCACAAUGACAUUGUGACAUCAUAUGGUACCAGCUAACGUUCUAGGGUACCUCUUAGCCAAUAGCGAUGGCAGAUUUAAAUUCAAAUGCAGUGCAGAGUUUUUACCUGACAACGGCACAACACUGACAGUUUUAGGCAGAACAUUUAAAUUUGAACUAAAAUCCACUAAAGUGCAAAACUAUUGACUACACGUGUCUGCAGCACGAUUACACACGCGUUUAUAUAGUUUAUCAGAAAAAAAGUUGAUUUGGGGGUGACUUGCUCUUUAAGACGUUUUCUCAGUGAAAGACCUUUUUAAGUCACAUUCAUUCUUAUUUUGACUUUAUUGGCAUUUUGAUUUCAUUCUCAACAUUUUUACUUUAACAUCAAAUUAGGGAAACAAAAACGAGUCUCCCUUCCAGACAACAGAGGCGGUGUUAAAGAGCUUUCAUGUUUCUGAUUAAAAAACACUAAACUGUCCUUUUAAAUAAAACUUUAGAGUGAUUGAAACAGAUUUGUUCAGUUUAAAGAUCUUCACACGUGACCAAAUGUCUUAUUAAGGUGGAUUUAAUUUUGUUUUGUUUUUUUACACUUUUCAUGUAAAACAACCAAAAACUUCUGUCUUGUUGUUUCUUUGCUGUCUGAACUGAAGAAAGUUCCUGUCGACUCAAUUUAGCAAACAAACCCGAUUUUCCUUUAACGAAAGCAAUAAUUCAUCUCCUCAGAGAACCGGAAACAACCGGAUGAAGUUUGCUGAUGUAACAAAUGAAGGAGCAGGAUGUAGUUUUUUUAUUCAGCCGUAGAUUGUAGUUAGGAUCCAGAGUUAGAUUUAUGAAACUGUAUAUUUUUAUGAAUUUGUUUUAUUAAAGCCGGUCGACGUCAUUUCUGCAAUAAUGAAGAAUGAAGGAAACUCAAAGCUGCAGACUUUUUUUAACCAGAGAUUAUUUCAGAUUAUUUCGAUGUAACAGAAACAAACUGAAUCACUGCUUUAGGCUUUUAUUUUCCUGUAAGUUCAUUUUAAUGAGAAAAGUAAAUGAUUUCCUGUGAUGAAGUGUAAUCUGAUAAAUUUAGAUUUAAUCAAC